UACUCUGCGCCUUCCACCUCCAGAAUUAGGGUUUGCAGUGACAACCUUCACUCUCUGUUUUGAUCAGACUCUGCUCUUUUUUCUUCCUGUUGACAACCAUGGCAACUCAAAUGAGCAAGAAGAGAAAGUUCGUAGCCGAUGGAGUUUUCUUCGCUGAAUUGAACGAGGUUUUGACGCGAGAAUUGGCUGAAGACGGUUACUCUGGUGUGGAGGUUAGGGUUACGCCGAUGCGCACGGAAAUCAUCAUCAGAGCCACAAGAACCCAAGCUGUUCUUGGUGAGAAGGGGAGGAGAAUUAGGGAACUUACCUCAGUGGUUCAGAAGAGGUUCAAGUUCCCUGAGAACAGUGUGGAGCUUUAUGCUGAAAAGGUUAAUAACAGAGGUCUCUGUGCUAUUGCUCAGGCUGAGUCUCUUCGCUAUAAGCUCCUUGGUGGCCUUGCUGUUCGUAGGGCCUGCUAUGGUGUUUUAAGAUUUGUUAUGGAAAGUGGUGCCAAGGGAUGUGAGGUAAUUGUUAGUGGAAAACUGAGAGCCCAGAGAGCUAAAUCCAUGAAGUUCAAGGAUGGCUACAUGAUUUCUUCUGGACAACCAGUGAAGGAUUAUAUUGACUCUGCUGUGAGACAUGUACUUCUCAGACAGGGUGUUCUUGGUAUCAAGGUGAAGAUCAUGCUUGAUUGGGAUCCUAAAGGGAAACAGGGUCCUAAGACUCCCCUCCCUGAUAUUGUCACAAUCCAUGCACCAAAAGAGGAAGAGGAAUACAUCCGGCCUGCUGCUGUUUUGUCAAAUGAUAUCGAGGUUCCUGUUGCUUGAAAAUGUUUUGAUUUCUCUGGAGUAGUGAUUCAUAGCACCCGAGUACUUAGCAUGCUGUGUUUGUUGGCAAACCUCGUUCAGAAUUUUGUAGUUUCUUUUCUGUUUUAGAAAAUUUUGCACUCGCAGCAGUAUAUGGAUUCAAGGAUAAAUUAUUUUCUAUUUUUUCCUUCUCAGCAGUUCGAAUUGUGUUUUUGGUUCAUACCGAUGAUUUGGGUCUGUGUUAUUUACCGUUAGUAUCAUGUUAAACAUUAGUGGAAGUGAAGGCGAAUUUUAAGUAGUGCAGCUAACUAUUAGAUUUCUUAAUUAAAAAAAAAAUAUUGAUUUUCGCUG